AUGGGGGAGGGUUUGAACACGGUGAUACAAGGAAACUGGGCUUUCAGUCUCACUCUUGCUCACAAGUGCACGAGCGUGAUCCGAAAUUCCCCUCACCAUGUUGGAGGCCAUUCUCGACCGCAUGGAGAAUCCGCCAAGGAUCCUUCCCUGUCCUUCCCACCCCGCCAUUGGCCGCCACCGCCCUCGCCCUCGCCGUUUAAGUGGGCAAUAAUGGACGAACCCGAUGAUACAAGGAGAAUAACAAGAAUUUGUGAUCUUCCUGAAAAGGCAGUAGUGGAAAUCAUGUCAUGGCUACCUCCCAAGUCUUUAUUAGGGCUUAAGUACGAAGCAGAUCAUGACAAUAACCAGAUUCGCUUCCAUUCUAAAGAGUUCAAUUUGCUUGAAUCUGUAGCUGGUUUACAUGGAUUUCAUUGUGAUGGUAUCGUUUUCCUACCAGACAGGAGCACAAAUAAGAUUGUAUUAUGUAAUCCGGCAAUUAGGGAAUUCAAGCUUCUUCAAGGUUCAUGCUUUGGAUCCAACUUUGGAAAACACAUAAUGGCUGGAUUCGGCUACGAUGCCAUUUCCAAUGUUUACAAAGUCGUCAGAGUUGUGCGUCUCCAUAGCACCGAUGUUGAUGCUCCCAUCGGAGCUGAGGUAUGUACUUUGGGUGGGAAUCAUGGUGAAUCUUUGAGAGAGAUUAAGAUGGAGAUAGAAAUUGAUAUUACAUCUUUUACUCAGUGA